GGUUUAACCCAAAUGUUGAGAAGAGAGUGAAUGAGUGGUGGAUUCCUUGGGAAAGGAGUGAUAGCGUUCAACUCUCUUCUUCUACUCAGACGUUACCCUUUCUCUUUCGCGCCGUCACACCUCCCUCGGAAUCGGAAUCGGAAUCGCUCCCUCACCACCGCCAAGCACUUGGCCGCAAUCGCAACGUCGUCGUUUCGUCCCAAGAUGCCCGGCGUCGAAUCUCAGGGAGGAGGACUAGAGUGGCCGGCACAGCGCGUGCGGGACACCUUCCUCGAGUUCUUCAGGGAUGAGAAGAAACACGAGUACUGGAAGUCAAGCCCGGUCGUCCCCCACAACGAUCCAACUCUUCUCUUUGCUAAUGCUGGAAUGAACCAAUUUAAGCCCAUUUUUUUGGGGACGGCGGACCCGAACACUGGGCUAAGCAAGCUGACUAGAGCAUGCAACACGCAGAAAUGUAUAAGGGCAGGAGGGAAGCAUAAUGAUCUCGAAGAUGUAGGGAAAGACACCUACCAUCACACUUUUUUCGAGAUGCUUGGUAAUUGGUCGUUCGGGGACUAUUUCAAGAGUGAAGCCAUUGAGUGGGCUUGGAAGCUUCUCACUCAGGUUUAUAAGCUGCCAGAAGAUCGAUUUUAUGCCACUUAUUUUGGCGGUGAUGAGAAGCUGGGUCUUGCUCCUGAUUAUGAAGCUAGAGAUUUAUGGCUUAAGUUUCUACCACCUGGACGUGUACUGCCUUUUGGCUGUAAGGAUAACUUUUGGGAGAUGGGUGAUACUGGUCCUUGCGGCCCUUGCACUGAGAUCCAUUAUGAUAGAGUGGGUAACCGGGAUGCUGCAUCAUUAGUCAACUAUGAUGACCCUACCUGCCUUGAGAUCUGGAACCUUGUCUUUAUUCAGUUCAAUAGGGAAAGUGAUGGCUCUCUUAAACCAUUGCCUGCUAAGCAUGUUGACACUGGGAUGGGAUUUGAAAGAUUGACUUCUGUACUUCAGAACAAGAUGAGCAAUUAUGACACUGAUGUCUUCAUGCCUAUAUUUGAUGCUAUUCAGCAGGCUACAGGGGCUCGCCCAUAUUCUGGGAAAGUUGGAGAUGAUGAUACAGACAAAGUUGACAUGGCAUACAGGGUUGUUGCAGAUCAUAUAAGAACUCUUUCAUUUGCCAUUGCUGAUGGGUCCCGUCCAGGCAAUGAUGGUCGUGAAUAUGUUCUGAGACGUAUUCUCCGUCGAGCUGUCCGAUAUGGAAGAGAAGUGCUAAAAGCUCAAGAAGGAUUUUUCAAUGGGCUUGUACCGGUGCUGGCGGCACUGAUGGGUGAUGUAUUUCCAGAGCUAAAACAACAUGAAGCAGGCAUUAGGGAGAUAAUCAAAGAGGAGGAAGAAGCAUUUGGCAAGACUCUAAUUAAGGGAAUAGAAAAAUUCAAAAAGGCAGCUCAAGAUGUUCAAGGCAAAACAUUUAGUGGGCAGGAGGCUUUUGUCUUGUGGGACACAUUUGGGUUCCCGUUAGAUUUGACUCAGUUGAUGGCAGAGGAACAGGGAUUAGAAGUUGAUGUUGAGGGUUUCAAUGUCGCUAUGGAUGAGGCUCGAGAAAGAUCAAGGAAUGCUCAAAAUAAGGAAGAAGGUGGUGCCAUUGUUAUGAAUGCUGAAGCUACUGCUUCAUUGCACAAGAGUGGAAUUGCUGCAACAGACGACAGCUUCAAAUAUAUUUGGUUUCAGGACCAUGAAAGUGUAAUUAAAGCAAUUUACAGUGGUUCAGAGUUUAUGGAUAAUGUUGCUGCUGGCAGCUUAGUUGGUGUUAUUUUGGAGUCUACAAGUUUCUAUGCUGAGCAAGGUGGACAGAUAUUUGAUACUGGAUCACUAAAAGGAGAGACCGGCUCAUUUCAAGUCCGCAAUGUUCAAAUUUUUGGAGGUUUUGUUGUCCACAUUGGUUCCUUCUCUGGAGAGCAUGGCAAACUCUCUGUGGGCGACAAAGUGGUUUGUAAGGUUGACUAUAAAAGGCGUACACUCAUUGCGCCUAACCAUACCUGCACACACAUGUUGAACUUUGCUCUGAGGGAAGUUCUUGGCAGUCAUGUUGACCAGAAGGGUUCCAUUGUUCUUCCUGAAAAAUUGAGAUUUGAUUUUUCUCAUGGUAAGCCAGUGGACCCUGAACAGUUGAGAAGAAUUGAAUCAAUUGUGAAUGAGCAAAUAAAAGCUGAAUUAGAUGUUUCUGUUAAGGAGGUAGCCCUGGUUGAAGCUGAGCACAUCAAUGGUUUAAGGGCUGUAUUUGGAGAGGUCUAUCCUGACCCAGUAAGAGUUGUGGCUGUUGGGCGAAAAGUUGAGGACCUCCUGUCUGACCCUAAAAAUGAGGAAUGGUCAUCAAUAUCAACAGAAUUUUGUGGAGGGACCCAUAUAACAAACACACGUGAAGCUGAGGCCUUUGCCCUUUUAUCUGAAGAGGGAACUGCUAAGGGAAUCCGAAGGAUAACUGCUGUCACAACUAAUGCUGCUUUUGAUGCAAUUAAAUUGGCAGAUUCACUUGAGCAGGAAGUAAUUGAAGCUUCCAAGGCUGAAGAGAGCUUGCUCGAGAAGAAGAUAGCUUCCUUUAAAUCUCGCCUAGACGCAGCACAAAUUCCAGCGGCUAAGAAAGCUGAUAUCAGGGACAAGAUUGCCCAACUUCAGAACAAAGUGAGAAAGGCACAGAAGAAGAUUGCAGAGCAAAAUUUACAGAAAGCUGUCAAGGUUGCAAGGGAGAUGGCGGAAGUUGCUGCAUCAGAUGGGAAGUCUUUCUGUGUAUCCCAUGUUGAUGUUGGUUUGGAUACUGCUGCAGUUCGUGAAGCAGUUUGUAAAGUCAUAGAGAAGGGAAUGCCUGCGAUGGUUUUUAGCACGGAUGAAACAACAAAUAAGGCUGUGGUUUGUGCUGGAGUACCAGGAGACAAAGGCAAGCAAUUGGAGGUGUCAGAGUGGUUGACUGCAGCUAUGGGUCCCCUGAAAGGAAGGGGUGGUAAAGGAAAAGGUGGCCUUGCUACUGGCCAGGGAACAGAUGCAUCGCAUCUAAACGAGGCAAUAGACCUGGCAACCACUUUUGCGCAGAUGAAAUUGAGUUGAAGGUCACAGAAAAUGCCUAACACAAGCUGGUCGGCCUAUUCUGGUCCAGUUUAUAGGAAAUUAAGUUACAACAAUUAAAUUUAGAACACUUACGAAAGGGUUGAUGUAUCCUGUUACACGAAGAAAGGUUUUGUUACCUCUAUGGGAAAAAUGAAAGAAUUCCAUUGAAUUGCUUGAUAAACUUUGCUGUCUGGUCAUGAAUUUAUUGAGUUUUGAAUUUGUUUAUACUCGUAGGAUAAAGAUUUUCAAUGAAAUGAAAAGGCUCUGUUUUUCCUUGCA